GGUCACACAAAAGGAGCCCUGGGAGGCCGCUCCAGCCGCUGUCUACCAUAGAGAUGCGGCUCCCGCUGGCCCUGUCUCCUGAGAUAGGAAAGCUGAGGCCCAGAGAAGCGUGGCGGCUGCAUCUGUCCGAAGCCACACGGUGAAUCAGAGCUCAGAGGCAGGUGAAGGUUCUCAGUCUACAGGGCGCUGCGUUCCUCUUGGCUCUCACCUCCUAGAAGCUAGAAGAUUGCCCAGAGCAGCGAUAACAAGCACCUUGUGAAUACGGGGAUUACAUAUAUGCACCAACAAGACACCCAACUGAUCAGCUGUUUUGACUAGAAACAUUUUGGAGAAUAAGGAACAUCUGUUCAUACCUUAAAUUUCUGUGACUCAGUUUCAUGAGUACCAGGGAUUGAACCUGCCUGAUUGUCAGGCAGCAUUUAAGAGGCCACAGCACACUGGUCAGUGGUGAUGGCAGACACUGCACUGGAUUCACAGCCAGUCAACAGCACUGGAGAAAUGGAUGGACUGUGUCCCGAGCUAUUGCUGAUUCCCCCAGCUCUUUCUAACCGCGGAAUCCUGGGGCCCAUCCCAAAUACCUGUCCUGGGGACACUGAGCCAGGCUGCCUGCUGGUAGAGGCCACAGCUACUGAAGAAGGCCCAGGAAACAUGGAGAUUAUAGUAGAAACAGUACCUGGAACCCUGUCCUCAGGAGCUUCUGAAGAGAGCUCAGGUGUCCUGGUAAAAGUGGUGGAGGUAUACUUCUGUGAGCGCUGUGAACAGAGCUUCGCAGAGCCCACUCUGCUGUCCCUGCACCAGUGCACUGAGACCAAUAUACCACCUGUGCAGGGGGUUGCCAGCACCUCAUGCUCUGUAGAGCUGCCAGCCAGCAACCUCACCCUUCAUGGCCCCCUGCAGGGUAAAAGCUCAGCAGAUAGCCCCCUACCAUGUCCUGUAUGUAGACAGGAGUUUGCCCAACUACAGGCCCUGAAGAGCCACUUCAAGAUUCACCGGACCACUCUUGACACCUUCUGCUGCCCGGAGUCUGGCUGUGUGUUCUCUGCUGAAGAUCGUAAGGGUCUGCAGCACCACCUGAGGCAGACCCAUGGAGUGGUUCCUGUGUCAUGUUCUUUCCGAGGCUGCCCCCUGCUUUUUGGGAACCAGCAGGGCAUGGAGUUGCACCGGCAGGCCCAUUACCCAUUCCACUGCACCCAUUGCAGCUUCAUGGGCUCCAACAUCAAACUUUUUCGGCAGCAUCAGCGAAGCCAUGGGGCUGGGACACAGGAAGAACUUUCUGCUGUCCAGGGACUUCCAUCCCAGGAACUACUGCCAGCAGAGGGAGACCAUUUAGAGGAAACGGGUCCAUCUUUGCCUGGACAGGAUUCAGCUGAGGAGGAGGAAGUAGAAGACGAUGAGGAGACUGAGACCCAGAAAGACUCCCAGAAAGCCUUGGAUAAAGGCCAGCAGGCUCAACAGUUGGAAGGAGAUGUGGCUUCUGGCUCUGAGUCUCUCUUCAAGACACACAUGUGUCCCGAGUGUAAGCGCUGCUUUAAGAAGCGUACCCACCUAGUGGAACACCUCCAUCUCCACUUCCCAGAUCCCAGCCUUCAGUGCCCCAACUGCCAGAAGUUCUUUACCAGCAAGAGCAAACUGAAAACCCAUCUGCUGCGGGAACUGGGUGAGAAGGCCCACCGCUGCCCACUGUGCCACUACAGUGCAGUGGAGAAGAAUGCACUCAACCGCCACAUGGCCAGCAUGCACGAGGAUAUUUCCAACUUCUACUCAGACACCUAUACCUGUCCUGUCUGCCAUGAAGAGUUCCGCCUCAGCCAGGCCCUCAAGGAGCACCUCAAGAGCCACACGGCAGCAGCUGCAGCAGAGCCAUCUCCCCUACCUUGUUUUCAGGAGGGCUGCAACUACGCAGCCCCUGACCGCAAGGCAUUUGUAAGGCACCUGAAGGAGACCCAUGGGGUACGGGCUGUGGAGUGCCGCCAUCACUCUUGUCCCAUGCUCUUUGCCACAGCUGAAGCUAUGGAGGCCCAUCACAAGAGCCACUAUGCCUUUCAUUGCCCCCACUGUGACUUUGCCUGUUCCAACAAGCACUUAUUUCGCAAACACAAGAAGCAAGGCCACCCAGGCAGUGAAGAGCUGCGCUGCACCUUCUGCCCCUUUGCCACUUUCAACCCAGUGGCCUAUCAGGACCACGUAGGCAAGAUGCAUGCUCAUGAGAAGAUCCACCAGUGCCCUGAGUGCAGCUUUGCCACUUCCCACAAGAGAGUGCUCAUCCGACACAUGCUGCUGCAUACCGGUGAGAAGCCUCACAAGUGUGAGCUAUGUGACUUUACCUGCCGAGACGUGAGCUACCUGUCCAAGCACAUGCUGACCCAUUCCAACACCAAGGAUUACAUGUGUACUGAAUGUGGCUAUGUUACCAAGUGGAAGCAUUACCUCAGUGUGCACAUGAGAAAACACGCAGGUGACCUCAGGUAUCAGUGCAACCAGUGCUCCUAUCGCUGCCAUCGGGCUGAUCAGCUGAGUAGCCACAAGCUUCGACACCAGGGCAAGUCCCUGAUGUGUGAGGUGUGUGCCUUUGCCUGCAAGCGGAAGUAUGAGCUGCAGAAACACAUGGCUUCCCAGCACUACCCUGGCACACCAGCCCCACUUUAUCCCUGCCGCUAUUGCAGCUACCAGAGCCGCCAUAAGCAGGCCCUGCUGAGCCAUGAGAACUGCAAGCACACCCGUCUCCGUGAGUUUUGUUGUGCCCUCUGUGACUACCGCACCUUCAGCAACACCACUCUCUUCUUCCACAAGCGGAAGAUCCAUGGCUACAUGCCUGGGGACCAAAUCUGGCAUCUCCGUGAUGCUAGCCAAGAGCCAGGAGGGACCAAACAGUGUUUGGCACCCCCACCAGACUUGGAACCCUCAAGCCAGCUAUCUGUCCAGCCUGAGGACCCAAGCCAUGAACCUGGGACUGUGGUAGAUCCCCACUUGGACCAGGCCCUGCCAGCGAUUAGUGAGGAGGGCAGCACCAAGAGACAGAAUGGCAGUGAGGCUCUCCAUGAGGAUGACCUGGUUGGCAGUCCCAGUCCAACAGAAGUGGAGGAGGGCAGCUGCACACUGCACUUAGAGGCCCUGGGUGUAGAGCUGGAACCUGUGGCUGAGCCACCACUUGAGGAACUCAAUGAAACAGCCCCUGUAGAAUUCAGGAACCUGGAUUCCUCUGGGCCUGUGCGACUGGAAGGGCCGGAUGGGCCAGAAGCACCAACAGUGUCUGGCUUUGAAAGUGUUGGGACUGCAAGCUUGGGUGCUGAAGAACUUGUUCUAGAAAAGCCUAUCCCUGAGCCCACCAGAACUCUAUCCUCAGAGGAGGUCACUAACAGCUGGGUAGAAAACUUCAAGGCAACUCCCCCUUCUGAAUUGGCACCCUUGCCUCAGUUUCUUGAGUCAGAGUCUCUCCUCAAGGCUCUAAGGAGGCAGGACAAAGAACAAGCAGAAGCAUUAGUGCUGGAGGGCCGGGUGCAGAUGGUAGUGAUCCAGGGACAGGGCCAAGUUUUCCGCUGUCCACACUGCCCUUUUGUCACUCGCCGGGAGAAAGCCCUGAAUCUGCACUCUAGGACAGGGUGCCAGGGCCACCGAGAGCCCUUGCUGUGCCCUAAGUGUGGGGCUAGCUUUAAGCAGCAACGUGGCCUCAGCACCCACCUCCUGAAGAAGUGCCCUGUCCUGCUCAGAAAGAACCAGACCUUACCCAGAACAGAUACUCCUAUCCCACUGCAUCCUCAGCCCCAGGGAACCCAGGCCUCAGAGGAUGCAGAAGGCAGGAAGCCCCCACCUGCACCAGUAGAAGAAGAGCUACUGUUUCAAAAAGAUGCUCUUCAUAAGCUUCCCAAGGAGUCAGAAGUAGAGCCUCUUACCACACCCUCUGACUUCCCAGUCCCUCCUACAGGAAACUCCUCACCCACAGAGACCCCUGAGAGAUUCCACUUUGAGCAGGGCAAGUUUCACUGCAAUUCAUGCACAUUCCUCUGUUCCCGGCUCUCCUCUAUAACCUGUCACGUGGCCGAAGGCUGCCGGGGAGGGCGUGGCCGUGGAGGAAAGCAAGGGUCCUACCAGAGCAAUGGGAACUCUGUUCCCCUGAGUAAUGAGUUUGGAAAAACUGAACCCAUCAUUGGUGAUGGGGUCGCAGCUUCAGCAUCUCAGAAGCAAAAGGUGGCCCUCUUUUCCUGCCCCAUGUGUCCCUUCAGCUGCCAGCAGGAAUGCGCCCUGAAGACUCACCAAACCCAAGGCUGUCGCCUUGAGCAGUCUGCAGAGCUGCACUGUGGCCUCUGCCCAUUUAGUGCCCCCACAGCUGCUGCCCUGAGGCUCCACCAGAAGCGAAAGCACCCUGCUGCAACUCCAGCCCGAGGACCCCGGCCCCCUCUGCAGUGUGGGGACUGUGGCUUCACCUGUAAGCAAAACAGAUGCCUUCAACAGCACCGGCGGCUCAAACAUGAGGGAGUAAAGCCACAUCAGUGUCCUUUCUGCGACUUUUCGACCACCAGGCGAUACAGGUUGGAGGCUCACCAGUCCCGACACACAGGUGUUGGCCGCAUCCCCUGCAGCUCCUGCUCUCAGACAUUUGGUACCAACUCAAAGCUGCGCUUGCAUCGGCUAAGAGUACAUGAAAAGACACCUACCCACUUUUGUCCACUCUGCGACUAUAGUGGCUAUCUUCGCCACGACAUCACUCGCCAUGUCAACAGCUGCCACCAAGGUACCCCAGCCUUUGCCUGCUCCCAGUGUGAGGCCCAGUUCAGCUCUGAGACAGCACUAAAGCAGCAUGCUCUGCGCCGACACCCGGAGCCCUCACACCCUGCCCCUGGCUCACCUGCCGAGGCUGCCGAAGGUCCCCUGCAAUGUUCCCACUGUGGGCUGCAAUGUCCCAGCCCUGCCAGCUUGCGAGGACACACCCGUAAACAGCACCCACGGCUGGAGUGUGUGGCUUGCCAGGAGGCCUUCCCUAGCCGACCUGCACUGGAUGAGCACCGGAGGCAGCAGCAUUUUAGCCACCGCUGCCAGCUGUGUGACUUUGCUGCCCGGGAGAGGGCAGGCCUGGUGAAGCAUUACUUGGAACAGCAUGAGGAGACUUCUGCAGCAACUGAGGCCUCUAAUGGGGAUGGGGACACCGUCCAGCCUCCUCUACAUUGCCCCUUUUGUGAAUUUGCCUGUCACCAUCAGUUGGUACUAGAUCACCAUGUAAAAGGGCAUGGGGGCACCCGACUCUACAAGUGUACUGACUGUGCUUACAGCACCAAGAACCGGCAGAAAAUCACCUGGCAUAGUCGCAUCCACACAGGGGAAAAGCCUUACCGCUGUCAUCUCUGCGCCUAUGCCUGCGCAGACCCGUCUCGCCUCAAGUACCACAUGCGGAUCCAUAAGGAGGAACGGAAGUACCUGUGCCCCGAGUGUGGUUACAAGUGCAAAUGGAUCAACCAGCUCAAGUAUCACAUGACCAAGCAUACAGGACUAAAGCCAUACCAGUGUCCUGAGUGUGAGUACUGCACCAACCGGGCCGAUGCACUGCGUGUACACCGGGAGACUCGACAUCGAGAAGCACGGGCUUUCAUGUGUGAGCAGUGUGGCAAGGCCUUCAAGACACGUUUCCUGCUGCGCACCCACCUUCGCAAGCACAGUGAAGCCAAACCUUACGUGUGCAACGUGUGCCACCGUGCUUUUCGCUGGGCUGCCGGUCUGCGCCAUCAUGCCCUCACCCACACCGACCGCCACCCCUUCUUCUGCCGUCUCUGCAGCUACAAGGCCAAGCAGAAGUUCCAAGUGGUCAAGCAUGUGCGCAGGCACCACCCUGACCAGGCCGACCCACACCAGGGUGUGGGCAAAGACCCCACCACUCCCACCGUGCAUCUGCAUGAUGUGAAGCUGGAAGACCCCAGUCCCCCUGCUCCUGCCACUCCCUCCACUGGACCUGAGGGCUGAGCCUAGUCUGCCUCCCAGAUGGGAGCUGGUUAGGCCAAAGAUAGGGAUCAGAGCCCACUUGAGGUGCUCAGGGCCUAAGGAAGGACUGGCUAUGAGUUGUCAGUGCAACUAUAACCCCCAUGGGACUCUAGUCAUAGUACUUUGAAAUUAAUGGCUGUAUAAAGAAGAGACAUGAGCCAAAACAUUGAUUUCUUUUUGAA